CUCGGACCUCUGGGUUAUGGGCCCAGCACGCUUCCACUGCGCCACUCUGCUUCACGACCAAUAGUGUAAAAUAUAAAGUAUAUGAACAAAUAAUGAUAAAUAGUACAGUCAACCAUACCGAUUCAACCUAAAUACUUCCCUGAAGGGGAAGUACUUAUUGUCUUGUAAAGAUAUUUUUCAUUAACUUACAUUAUCAUAGAAAUUUCACUCACCUCGAAAACUUCACAUCGGGCGUGUCAUUCAUUUCAUUUCCGGUUGGAAUAUUUCGCCUGCUCGGAAAAUAUCCUGAUCUUUUCAUAAUUACUUACAUUUUACAUUAUAUGGAGAGAUAGAACUAUGCAAAGUGAUUAGAUAUGUUUCAGCCGUAAUGUAAUAUGAUAUUACGAUUUGUUGAUAACCUAAUUGUGACAUAAAAAACGAAAACAAGGUGACACGUAGAUCAAAUUCACAUAUUAUCGCCCAAUAAAUGAAUAUUAUUUUGCAAAUUUAUUGGCUAUGUCGGUUUCGUCUGAGGACAAGAAGUUACGACUUGAUAAAGACGAUUCUACUCCUGGGAAAUACUGGGGCAGAGACGAGAAGAGACUAUGGGGUGCCUCUCUGUUUAUAAGCUGUGCAUCCCUCUACACAACACGUUCUGUUAUGCCUAUGAGCAUUGUAUCAGUAGCUAAAGAUGUCCACUGGGACAAAGUACAAAAGGGCACAGUGCUUUCAGCCUUCUUUUGGGGUUACUGCAUGACCCAGGUUUUGGGGGGCUAUCUGAGCGACCGUAUAGGAGGUGAUAUAGUUCUCAUCGUCUCAGCUACAGGUUGGGCUCUGAUUACAUUCUGGACUCCAUUCAUAAUAAAGCUUUCAUCCGAUCAGCACACUGCAAUGGUUCUAGUUGUGAUAUCUCGAGUCCUUUUAGGUUGUUUUCAAGGUGUACAUUUUCCCAGUGUUACAAGCAUAGUGUGUAGAAAAGUAAAUGACCAGGAGAGGUCUCUAAUAUAUAGCUUCAUUACAUCAGGGUCUCAGUUAGGGAUAUUGAUAUGUGGGAGUGUUGGCUCCAUACUGUUAGAAAGAUUUGGCUGGUCCAGUGUUUUCUAUGUCUCAGGAUGUGCAGGUAUUUGUUGGGUGUUUUUCUUAAAGUAUUAUCUUGUGGCACAACAAAGAAAAAAACAAAUAGUUUUAUCAAUGAAAGACAAUAUCGUAGCAGGUGAAAAAUCUCACACAGAUUCUGGUGCAGUACCUUGGUUAUUGUUCUUCAGAAAACCUCCAUUUUGGGCAAUCAUAGUUGCACAUUUCUGUCAUACCAAUGCUUUCUUCAUCUUAUUCUCAUGGCUCCCAACCUAUUUCCAUGACAACUUCCCUGAUGCUAAGGGUUGGGUAUUUAAUGUGGUCCCAUGGAUUGUGACAAUACCCAGUGCAAUACUUGGUGGUCAUCUUGCCGAUUUGUUAAUAAGAAAAGGAUACAGUGUUACAUUUACCAGAAAGUUCUUAGAGACUCUCUCCCAGGUCCCUUUGGCCAUCUGCCUGCUGCUCAUUGGACAAAAUUUACAUAGUUACACUAACAGUGUCAUACUUAUGACUAUCGCAGUUUCUGCAUCCUCAUUGCACAAGGCUGGGGUCAUGGUGAACUCUACCGAUAUUUCACCCAGACAUCCUGGUUCUGUAAUGGACUAUAAGUUUGGUGGGUGUAUCUGCUUGUCUAGUUGCAUUAGCUGAAGCGAAGAACUAUCAUGUAGCAAUGACUUUAUUGACCAUGGCCACUAGUUUUCAAGGGUUCCAUAACAGUGGCAGUUUCAUGAAUCCACAAGACAUAGCACCUAGGUUUGCAGGAUCUGUCUUUGGUGUUAUGAACAUGGCAGGUGCUAUUCCAGGCUUUAUUGGAGUAUACAUCGCAGGAUAUAUCCUGGAAACGACAAAAAGUUGGGCAGCUGUAUUUAAUCAAACUGCUGUAGUGACAACAAUAGGCUGGUUGACAUUCAUGAUAUUUGGAUCAGGAAAGAAGAUAGUUUGAUGAGCUCCAGUAAAAACAGAAUUCACCAAAUUUUUACUACCAUUGAUGAGUCUACCACUAUGACUCUCUCAAGAAUGAUAGAAUUAUCAUCUCAUAGCAGACAUGAAUAUUAGCGACAAACAAUCCUUUAACAAGUGGGUAUUGUAUCAACUGUGCACCCACUUGAUAAUGUGACAAAAUCAACAAAAAUUUCCAUAUUUUGACUUAUUUUGGCUGAAUUGCGAAAAUAAGAAUUACUUCCUUGAAGGUAAUGUGCUGAGGUGAACACUACAUGUAGGCUACAUGUAUUCAUACCUGGAUUAUCGAAUUUAUUUCUUAUUCACUCAUGGCAAUAUGUCUUGCCAACCAAAACAUUCCACCGUUGUAACAAUACAGGAAAGAAGACUCAACAAUAAUUACCUCACUGCCACACUGAACAAGUUGAAAAAGAAUUUCAUGAAUGUUUAGCACAUUAGGGACCCAAAAGCAAAUAAAUUGAGAUUUUAUAAUUUGGUUAUGAUUUAUGGUGAAAAAGAGACUGUUAUGUUGAGUAAAACUUGUCUAAUAGUUUCUAGGAUUUUUUAAAGUAGUUUGUAAGUCAUUGGUUUUGGUAAGAAAUCUUUUCCAUUACAUUACAACAAUUUGUUUGGCAUUCGGUAGUUCUGGUACAUUGAAAUAUUACAUACUUUUGGAAUACAACUUUUUUAAAUUACACGGGAGAUUUAUAUUUAUUACAAUGAUAUGAUUUCCAUAUAUAUUAUAGGAUUUCAGUCUGUUAAUUUUUUCAUUGUAUUUUCUGUGAUAUUGAUUUAUCCUUGAUUAACCUAGGAUAUGUCACACACUGUAGGCUAAAGUACUAUACUAUUGAUGCACUUGAUUUUAUAUGUACCAUUCCAAGAUAUAAUAUUAUUACCGGAUUUUAUAUAGCCACAGUUAAGUGUCCCUAAUUCUUGGUAUACCAAGAACACACCCUUGGUAUGUUUGCCUUUUUAAUAAAGCUCAUGAGCAUUACUUUGAAAGUAUUUCCAGUAAUUAUAUUGAUACCCUAUUUGAAGUC